AUGAUUCUGAUUGGAGUCUGCGAAAUCGAAGGACCGAACAACCUGAACUACAUCCUGGCUAGACCCAAGGAUUCUACGCCAUGGACUUUCCACGAGCUCUAUGAGCAAAUCAAAACCAACCUCCUCAAGAACGACGAUCUAGACCAAGCCACUAUACUUCGAGACGCUGGCCGCCUUCGAAUGUACAACAAUGAUGUUCGGAAACUCAUUGAAGACAUUCGAAAUCACUGGGCCAAAGCCGACACGAUGGGACAUCCCUUGCCCCAGUUGAUGAAAAUACAAACAUUAAUCAACUCAGCUAGAUACAAUGCAUCUUAUGCGACAUAUAUCAAUACCCUCGAAUGCAUGGGCAACACCCAUGACUUUGAUCGAGUUGCUGCUGCACUGCUCAAAUGCCAGGAACAGAUGCAAAUGAAGCCAAUCCAUCGAGUUGCUGCCCCCGGAACGGCAUCCAGCAGCAUCAGGGUGGUCGAAAGUUCACAGACUGAAGAGUACCCUGAAAGCUACUGGAAUGGCAAGGCUGGACCCAACGGAGAGGCCCCAAAGUGCUACAACUGCUUCGACACCGGACACAUCGCCAAGAAAUGCCCCAAACCUCGCCGACCCCGUACCUACCCAAAUGACCAAACCAGUUCAACCCCUGCCUAG